AAUUUCAAUCUCUACCUGUUCCAUAACUAUAUAUGCAGGGAUACAGUUUGGUCAUUUGCAUAUGGAGAUGAUUUAUGUGAGUAGGAAGACAACCCAUGUUAUGUUUUGAUUUCUCACAAGCUAGUAUCCUUCAAUGGAGCCCAUCUCCUCGAGACCACUCAAUUCAUGUAGCAGGCCAUACUCUUUCAUCUAUAUAUACACAAGAGAUCAGGUUCAUAGCCAGCAACUCAAGUCUCUCUCCUUGCCAAGCAUCAAAGUCUUCUCUGUUUCCCAAGUCCUCUGAAUUCUUUUUCUUGUUAUAAUUUUCCACUUGAGAAUAUAAAAACCAUGGGAUUCAGGUUGCCAGGAAUUGUUAACUCCAAGAAGGGUCUAAACAAGGCUGCUACUUCAAAGACCUUAGACAUCCCAAAAGGCUAUUUUGCAGUGUAUGUUGGGGAGAGCCAGAAGAAGCGAUUUGUGGUUCCAAUAUCAUACUUGAAUGAGCCUUUGUUCUUGGAUUUGCUGAGUCAAGCAGAAGAAGAAUUUGGAUAUGAUCAUCCAAUGGGUGGUAUCACAAUCCCCUGCAGUGAUGAAACCUUCAUUCAUCUCACUUCCCGCUUAAGUGUAUGAAUGAAGGCAAAUGAAGUGAAUCUGGUUCAUAUCCAAAUCAGCCUCAGUUCGAUCAGAAGAACUCACCAUGUCAAGAUGAAGUAGAGGCUGUGAUUGAUCAUAUGCACAUUUUUCUGUUGCUUAUGAAUCUGGAAGCCUUCUUUGAUGGUCAAACUGCUUGUGAGCUGAGCACGAAGAUACAAAAUUUGUGAAGCAGUCGAAUGACGAUAUCAUGAACUCUCGAAGACUAUUGAGCCCAAAAUCAUAACUCCAAUUU